UCCUCCUCUUCUGCUUUCAUAGGCAGCUUCUGCUUUUUGUAUUUUGUAUCUUCAGUGACCUGCUGAUCGUGUUGGAAGUGGUUUCCUUCCUUCCAGGGAGGUGAUCAGGUGCUGGCUGGAAGGAUGACUGCCCAGGAAUCAGUCCCUUUGUCAGGGUAGUAAAGCCAAGACACACCUGGAGAGCAGAUCUACAGAACCAACAACUUGACAACUUGCUGGGCUCUGGACAGACAGUCUGGGAGGUACAGACACAAUAAGAUGGUGUUGUCGUUAUACAUUGCUGCUGUCAAGGUUUCAUAACCAACCACAAUCCAGCACGUGGAGAUGAACUUGAACUCGCAUCCACGACGCAUCCGUCUUAAGCCAUGGCUGGUAGCGCAGGUGGACAGUGGGAACUAUCCAGGUCUACACUGGGAAGAUAGGGAACACAAGCUAUUCCGCAUUCCAUGGCGUCAUGCAACACGUCACACACCAAUGCAAGAUGAUGAGAACACCAUAUUUAAGGCUUGGGCAAAGGAAACAGGCAAAUAUCAACAGGGGGUGGAUGAACCCGACCCUGCAAAGUGGAAGGCAAAUUUGCGCUGUGCUCUGAACAAAAGUCGAGAGUUUAAAUUGUUGUAUGAUGGAACUAAGGAAACCCCCAUGCAGCCAUUCAAGAUCUACCAACUAUGUGACCUUCCUGGGCAGAAUGAAGAUGCUGUACCUGUGGAAGCUUUGCCUGAUGAAGCUAUAAGCGAUGAUGAGAAAGAAAUCGACCACAUUUUUCCAAUGCUUGACAUUCAAGAUCCACUUCCUGCGUAUAUGUGGCCCAAGUCUGAACCUGGUUUUAGUUCCUGUGCAAAUCUUAUACAGCACAACCUUGCACCAACAGAUCCUGCUUUGACCUCAGCAGCUCCUAGAACAUACACUGGUGUGGAGUUGUCACCACAAGCCCUGGUAACUCAACCGGUAGUAAUGCCCCAUCCAGAGCUGGUUCCUCCAACAGGUCUGGAGACCACACAAAAUGCAGAGCUUCCUAUACCAGGAGUGAUCCCUACACCCAUUGACCAGGGGAUUCCAGGCUUACUUAUUAGUCCACAGAUGCUGCCACUGACUGACCUGGAAAUAAAGUUUCUGUAUAGAGGGAAGCAAGUCGGAAUGAUGACUGUUAGUAACCCCCAUGGUUGCCGCCUUUUCUACAGUAGCAUUGAGCCAACUCCAGAGCAAAUAGAGCUAUUUGGCCCAACUACACUGGAACAAGUUCGAUUUCCUGGAACCAAUGAGAUUAGCAAUGAAAAACAGAAGUUCUACACUAACCAUCUUCUGGAUGUGAUGGACCGUGGGCUGAUCCUUACCCUACAAGGCCAGGAUAUAUAUGCAAUUCGCUUGUGUCAGUGCAAGGUGUUCUGGUCCGGGCCAUGUGCCCCCAAUGUAGGUGGACCCAACCCUAUAGAACGAGAGAAGAGAAUCAAACUAUUCAGCCUUGAGACCUUCUUGAAUGAGCUCAUUGCUUGCCAGAAAGGUCAAACAAAUGCAUUGCCUGGAUAUGAGAUAUUCUUCUGUUUUGGUGAAGAAUGGCCAGACCAAAAACCAAAGGAGAAAAAACUCAUCACCGUACAGGUUAUUCCUGUGGCUGCUCGCCUGCUUUCUGAAAUCUUCUCAGGGGAGCUGUCCUGGUCUGCAGAUAGUAUAAAACUCCAGAUAUCACAUCCAGAUCUAAAGGACAAAAUGGUGGAACAGUUUAAAGAACUUCAUCAACUGUGGCAGAGUCAGCAGGCCCAAGCACUUGCUCCACAAGGUGCAGGAACUAAUUCAGGGGUCGAUGUGGCUUCUGGUCCCUGGCCCAUGCAAACUGGAAGCAUGCAGUAAGCUCUGUAUGAUCUCCUGUUAGUCCAUGCGGCUUGUAGACAUAAAAGCAUACCGGAUUAUUCUCAUUUGCACUCAGUUUUGGAAUUGACUUCUUAUGGUGUCUACUCACUGCCUCCCUUUUUGUUUUGUGUGCAGAACACCCAGAGAAUCUAAUGAAUA